AUGAAGGGCGUCCUUGUUGCUGGUAUCAUCGCAGCACUUUCAGUGUCAGCUGUAGAAUCCCUGAACUGUAUGCAGUGUAAUUCAUUGGCAAACUCCUGUGUCGACAGCACCAUCACUGAGUGUCCCUCAGAGGCCAACACCAGCUGUACCAGUUUCUUGACCUUAGGGAGCAUCACAUUGUACCAGGAUAAGGCUUGCUCUGCAGAGAACUGCAGUGAGGAAAGGAACGUGUUUGAGGCCUUCACCGUCCACGUGUCUGAUGGAGAAAGCUUCUAUUUUGCAAGUCAGUGCUGUCAAGGAAGGGAGUGCAAUGACACCAAUGAUGCCUCAGUUCCUCCACUGGAGAAUACGUCCAGCAACGUAGAGUGCCCUGCAUGUUAUGGAUCUAACGAAACUUCCUGCAGUGUGAAACUCCGGAGAUGUUAUAAUGAAGAACGAUGUGUCAGUCUAGUUGCAGAAUUUAAGAAUGAUUUGAAGACUCCUAAGCUCGUGCUGAAAGGCUGUUCCAACAUCGAUAACUCCACCUGUCAGUUCCUGUCUGCUGAAAACCGGACAGUUGGAGGAGUCACCUUUCAAAAUUUUGAGUGUGUAGACACCUCCAACUCCCCCUCAACGCCCAACUCCACUGAGCCCCCCCAGACCACCACCCGCAACACCGGCUUCAAAGUCUCCUUCACCCCCACGGCCCUUGCCAGUCUCCUCCUGCUGGGGUUGCUGCUCUGA